UCAGCCUCCAGUCAGUCAGUCAGUCAGACAGUCAGUCAGACAGUCAGUCAGACAGUCAGUCAGUCUCUCGGCUCUCAGUCAGUCAGAUCCAGCAGUCAGUAAAACUUUCUCUUCUCCCAGCAGGCUGUUUUCGGACUAAACGGCUCCGCUUCCUUUGCGUCUUUACGCGCGGAGCCUCCCGCUGCGCGCCCGCGCCGGAUCGCUCCUCUGUGGAUAAACUCCUGCUGCUCCCGCGGCGAUGGACGACGAGUUCCUUGCCAACGUUCCCGCAGCGCUGCCCGGAGACCCGGAGGCUCUCAGCCCCAACUCCACCGAGGAGCCCGGCUGGUGGGCGUCCUCGGACGGAGCGGAGACGGUGCACUUCGUCGUGCGCUGCGUCAUGACUUCGGUGUACAUCGUGAUCAUCACCGUGGGUCUGUUGGGCAACAUCACCCUGGUGAAGAUCUUCAUCACCAACAGCGCCAUGCGGAGCGUGCCCAACAUCUUCAUCUCCAGCCUGGCGGCGGGAGACCUGCUGCUGCUGGUCACCUGCGUGCCGGUGGACGCCUUCCGGUACUUCUCCGAGGAGUGGGUGUUCGGCGAGGCGGCGUGCAAACUCAUCCCCGCCAUCCAGCUCACCUCGGUCGGCGUGUCCGUGUUCACGCUCACGGCGCUCAGCGCGGACAGGUACAAGGCCAUCGUCAACCCGAUGGACAUCCAGACGUCCAGCGCCGUGUUCUGGACGUGUCUGAAGGCGGUCUCUAUCUGGCUGCUGUCCGUCCUGCUGGCCGUCCCGGAGGCCAUUUUCUCUCAAGUCGUCUCCAUGCAGGGUCACAGAGACAACACCAACGUGACCUUCGUGAACUGCGUGCCCUACCCGCUGUCCAAUCAGAUGCAUCCUAAGAUCCACUCAGUGAUGAUCUUCCUGGUUUACUUCCUGGUCCCUCUGGCCAUCAUCUCGGUCUACUACUACCACAUCGCCCGCACGCUCAUCAAGAGCGCCCACGACAUGCCGGGCGAGCUCAGCGAACACACCAAGAGACAGAUGGAGACGAGGAAGCGUCUGGCCAAGAUCGUGCUGGUGUUCGUGGGCCUGUUCGCCCUGUGCUGGUUCCCCAACCACGUCCUCUACAUGUACCGCUCCUUCCACUACCACCAGAUGGAUCUGUCGCUGGCUCACCUCGUCAUCACCCUGCUGGCCAGAGUCCUCAGCUUCUCCUCGUCCUGCGUCAACCCCUUCGCCCUCUACCUGCUCAGCGAGAGCUUCCGCCGACACUUCAACAGUCAGCUUCGAUGUGGUCGAGGUCCCCGCCCCGAGCGCCAGGCCAGCUACAUGCACAGCACCUCCCACAUACGUCUCACCUCUAUCAAGAAGACCACGCCCACUGCGGCCAUCAUCGCUCCCGCAGCCAACGGCAACUCCAGCAGACAGGAAGUUGCUCUGUGACGAGGGGUUGUGUGUUCACAAUGUUCAGCUCCUCCUCAUCCUGCAAACUCCUGCAGCCGUGAGACCGGGGGGUUGUUCUGGUGCCGUGUGUUGACGGAGUGCAUGGUAGAGGAAACUGUACAGACCUCGUACUGGUUGAAUGAUUGUACCAAAUCAAAUUUGAUCAUCCUCAACAACAAAAAGUACCUCUUGGAAAUACAAGGUCAGACAUCAAAAGGGAAGAACAAACCCAACUCUUCACUUUUCUACAGCCAGAAUUCAUGAAAUAUGUUUGUAGAAGUCAAACCUGCAAAUCAAGUCCAACGCCCAACACUGAGAGGACGGUCGGUCGUGUUGACAGCAUGGUGAUAGCAUGUCUGCUGUGAAAGCUUGUUUCUCUGUGCUAAGUUGCUAGAAUGCUCAUCAUCGAUUGAUCUGAAAAGCUGUUUUGUCAACACUGUUUUGAUCCACACUGAAUUUUGUCUGCUGCCUCUCUAUAAGGAGGACCAGACACAGAAUGAAACACGAGUGAAUCGACCGCUCAUCCGAGGACAUUUCAACAAAACACAUGGAACUGCUGGAGGAUGGAAAGUUAGACUCUCCAGUUAUGGGAUGGUCUCUCUCUCUCUCACUCUCUCUCUUUGCUACAACUACUUUGGAGAUGAAUGGAUGCAUUUGUAGCCGUUAAAAACUACCCGAAGCCUUGUAAACCAAAAUAUCUUCUUGUGUGGAGGAAAAUCUCUUUGGUAAAUGUUUGGUCUGUUGCUCUGUGUCCACCAGGUACGAUUCUUUGAUAGCCGAUGGCUCGAGCAGAUUGUUGUGGAAGUUGUUCUCGUUCAUGAUGAAAACAACGGGAGCUCUUUUUGCUCUUUUGCAUGAGAUUGCCCAUCGAGUCUCUGUGUGGUGAGUGCACUCGCAGGGUGAUGGGGCAACCGCUACAAGCCUUCUGGUCCAUGGAACAUGAUGCAAGAGUUGUGUCAAAAUUCUCAGCAGGAAGUCAAACACAUUCUCAGUGGGUAAUGGACUCCAGCAGGGUUGUGCCUUGUCACUGGCUCUGUUUUUCAGGGACAGAUUUCAGUCCGGUGGGCUCAGGAGAUAUCUCUGCUUUUAGCAAAAAAUUUGGCUCCGAUGGCUCCAUCGAACUGUGACACUCCAACACCAGAACAACUGCAGCUGAGGGUGAAUCAGCAUGGAGAAGAUUCAUUGCCUGUAACGGGCCAUUCACACCAAGAAUGAUGACUGUAACAGUGACUGUAAACUGUUGCUGCCCUUAGCCUGUUAGCUUGAUUCAUCACAGUCUCAGCAUUAAUGUGCUGGAUUUUCCCCAAUUUAUAAUUACUACCAGUUUAUAUUCUAAAGUCCACAACACAAAGUGCAUUUACAGUGUGUGCAACUUCCUUUGGCUAGUUAAAAAGGACACAAUCUGGGUGCUAAUUAAGAAGCAAAGGUGCUGAAGGGUUGUAUUUCGACUGGCAUUUGUACACAGAGCACAGCAGCAGAACCUACUUGAGUAUUUAAACCUCUCAACCAGCUGGCAGGAACAGUUAGGACUUCAUUUUAAUAAGUCUUCUGUAUUGUUGUGCACGUGAAAACAUCACACAGGUAGUUUAGAGUGAAGCAGCUGUCCUGAUAAAUCCUGAGCUCCAUCAGAGCUGCCAAAAAAUAUUUACAAGCUAAAUCUUUGAUUCGGUUUCCUCUGUCCUGUUUGGAUACAAGUUUAUCAAAAGUACUGCUUUUAAUUUUGCUGCUCAAAUGUGCUUUUUGCUGCCAUGUCAUUACUGUGUGCAUGGAAACAUAUUAAAUUACUGAAUGCAGGCUUGCUGAUCAAUUAUGCAUAAUCUAACUUUCUGAGUAAUGCAUCCUUUUAAAAAGAAGUAAAAAUAUAGCAUCAUUGACUCAGCAGGUCUACAGCGAUGAAAUAAGGCCCUAUGAAGGAAUCUCAUCAAUAAAAUGUUGCAUGAUCAAACAGACAGGGAGGCAUUGUGAUAAAAUAUCAUUAUAUUUAAAUACCGACUGAAACACUGGAUGUUAUACUCAACUGUGACGAGUAACUGUCAGUUUUGGACCAACAGUCCUGCUACUGUUGGCGUGUUUGAUGCCUCUCUCGGCUGCACAGCACAGAAUGGCCACCACACCUCAAACACUGAGUGCUCCGAGUGCAAAAAACUCCUCCAAGCUCUGAAAAAACAUGCAACAGUUUGUUUCAAACACAAGUCAGUUAAGAGUGUGACCUGUGAAGGGAGUUUCCUGGUGGAUGCACAGACUGACAGGCCCUGUAUGAUCAGUGUCGCUGCUUUGUGUCGCUGCUUUGGCAUGAACUAAUGGCUGUUUGUGUACACACGUAUAUUCGAAACCACCACAGAAGAAGAUGUUGGUGUGACGUACUUCUGGUUCCGUUUGAUGUUUUUUUUCUUCUUUUAAAUGUUCGAUGUGUUCACAGGCAUGUCCACAUUUCUGUGUUUGAAAGUGAUGCUCGAGACUCAUUAACACACAUGAUAAAUGUUCCUGUGUGAGCACACACAGAGUCCCACCAAGCUGUGAGGUGACACACAAAAGGUCGAGACAGGACAGUUUAAUUACUGGCUGUCACGUCCGGCUCUUCAAACAGACAAUCUGAUGUAAGUGAAGCUGAAAUUACAGUAGGUAGGUGGGUGUCAGAGCGUCUCGACAAACCUGUUGGCUGGUCGCUGUGAUCGCAGGAAACAGUGGUGGAGCUGUGGGCGGCGAGGCAGCUGUCGCUUCCUCAAAACUUCUGACGAGUUAUUAACUGGAGGGAACAAUGAAGUUUUAUUUUUCAUCCAAUUUCGCAGACGUGACCGAGACAGGCUCAUUAAAAUUGAGGACAGGGUUCAGUGAUUCACUCUGACACACUGACAUGAUUUACCGCAGGGACUGAACCCGUCAGAAACCUCCUGAUCACCCUGAUAGUUACAACAGGUCCUCUGGGAGCUGCUGGGGGGACUCGGUCCUUAAAUCCACCAGGAGCUGCACAGUGUUCAAGAAGGAGUCUCGUCUUAGCAAAGCAAAUAAGAUAAUCCUUCAUUUAUGGAUUAAACAUAUAUAAAUGCUCUAAUAGCUGCUAAGAUACCAGAGGCACGGAUAAAGGAUUACUUCAUGUUUUUUGUCAGCUUGCCACCAUCGCUCACUGACCACGACAACAUCAGACGGAAAAAAAUACAGAUGCUAAUUCAGAAUGAAUUUAACAGCUCGUCACAAGCAGUAAACAUGACGCGACAUCAGCUGUAACACAUCCUCGUUCCAAAAUGCCAGAACAGGUCGAUUGCCAGCGAAGAUACACAGAUCAUUGUUGGACAAAAUGGAGGUAGCAGCGUCGUAGCUUCAUGCCGCUGCACACUGGCAGUGUUGUUAGGUCUAGAUAUCACAACUACGUUAUGUACCAGACGCAACUGAACUACAUUAGUAAGUUAAAACAACUGCUCUGCUUCUGGCUUCUGAAUGAAGGCCUCCUUAUUUUACCCAAUCUAAUUUAUCAUUAAAGGUUUUUUGCUCCUCGUCCAACUUCGCUGGACCUUAAAUUAUUUAAGUUGAGUUUAUUCUGAGCUGCUUCUGUUCCUUCAGGAUCUCCUGAUCCACCGGAGCAGGUAGUGUGUCGGUCCAGUCCGGUUCUGAUAACCUGGUGCUUUACAGAAUCACUGUGCAGACACACCAGUGAGCAGAGACGAUGUGACACUUGACAGGAUGCAUUUAUUGCUCUUUCCUCCUUUCAAAAGGCCGAGCUGUGACAGAGAACAGCCGCCGGCUGUGAGUUCAGCUGCAGCUGCUCUGCUGGAGGAAUCUGUUUCUGCUCUCUACAGCUCCUCCAACAUCAGACGAGAACGCAGGACUGCUUCUAUCAGAUACGACAGACGUGUCACCUAAACACCACAGGUUGCUUUAACGAGGUGCUGAGCCAAACUCCCAGAACAUAGACAGCGCCUGCAUGUAGUCAGUGUUACAGCCAGAAUCUACCAACCACAUCACAGCUGCGACUGUAGUCACGCUCACAGCUCCAGCCUGUCUCCGUCAGGUAACCAGCUGAGUGACGACCACUCACACUGUGGCCACAAGCAGCCGCGGCCUGACUCAUGAAACAGAAUAGCACGUGAUAAUACAGCUCAGCCUCGCUAAUUGGAUCAGAGGGAAUGCAAAUUGUAUUGCAAAGGAAAAGCCAAGAUUCCCACUGUGACCUUUCAGACGGCUCAGGAAGUCAGAUACCAGCUGUUCCAAUCACGGACCAACACCGCUGCGCUUACCAAGCACCGACGUCAGAUUUAAAAUAAGACCUUAUCUCCCUCGGAUCGCUCAACAUCUGAUCGACAGAUUUAAAGUGUUAUUAGCAACAUGACUACUGCUGCCUGACUGCUGUCCAAGAAUCCCAGUUUGAUCUAGAAACCCUGAUCUCAGAGUGAAACAGCCGGUUGUUUUAAUAAGUCGCCAGGUUUUAGUAGGAAGGACGGUGGUUUUGAAGCCGACAUAUCAGCAGAGGAACAGACUUCUGAGUGAAUCCCUGUCUGUUCCUCCUCGGUGUCUUUUACCCUCCCUCGUCACCGUCUUUGCCUCCGCCAUCAGCGGCUUCUUUUAGGUUCCCACAGUUAUUCCAGUUGUCCCAGUGCUACCUGGGGAAACAGACCCGGGGAGACAAUGUCUCCUCCAGGUUUGGAUGUGCACAGGCAGACAUGUUUCCUUUGUGCUGUAAUUCAACUUUCACUUAUCCAGGAAAGAUCCGAGCCUGUAGCAGACUGAUCGCACAGUGAAAGUGAAACCAAACCAGGAUGUGUCAUUUCUCAGUAUUGACGAGUUUAAGUUGCAAGUUUAAAUGACAUUUUGUGGCACGUUAGACAACAGAGAAACUGAAUAUUGGCACCAUGUUGUCGAUAUAAAACACUCCUGUUUUCACUUGUUCUUCUUGAAUCACGUGUGAUUGUUUUUGCUGGAUUUCUCAGUUCUUGUGGGUUUACUUGGACCACACUUGGUGGUGUGUAAUAGCAGUAAUCAUGUAGUGUUUGGUUUUGUGUUCAAAUCACGGCAGUUGCCAUUUUGUUAGUGGGAGAGGCAGCCACUGAUUGUGACGCUGUGUUGAUUGAAUGUUGUCUGUGGAGUUAGACUCGUUACAGCUGAACGCCCGCUCACAUCUCUGAAACAUUUCCUGAGGGGGGAAGUGUUCAGUCUGAAGGGGGGAGGUGCUCCAACCCCAGAGGUCACAACAGUGUCAUGAUCACAGAUAAUCUGAGAUCUUAAUAACAUUAAAGACGACUCUGAUCUGUGAGGGUGUCCAGUAAACCAUCAUGCACAAUAAUUACCUGGCACAGAAUGUCCUCUGUAUCGGUUCUCGCAGGUGUGGCCCAUUUACCUGUUAAGUUUUUAAACAUCUCGCAGGUUUUCCUCGCCAUCAACAACAUCCGUCCCGUUCCUCCACAAACCGACAUCCUGCAGAUGCAGAACUGUGCAUGCUUUUAAAAUUUGAUCGGAUCAUCUGAGCAUAAAAUUAGCUCAGUACUUAUUGUGCUGGAAACGAUAAUUCGCUCUCUGAUAAUCACUCCCUCCCGUGCAUCCAAUCACACCAAUCUAACCAACUGUGGCCGUGACAAAAUAAUGAGGAAACACAGGGCGGGUGGUGGAAACCUGAAACCUUCCUUCUCUCUUACAGUCUCUGUUUCUGUUUCUGUACAACACAGUGAACCACCGAGCAGCUCCGGCGCUGACAAAUGAAGCGAAUGCAGAACAGCCAAAAAAUGCAGUUUAUCAAACCAGAACCAGAAGUGAGUCGAUCCCCAGAAGACGUCAUGUUAAACUACUCGACUUUACAGCAGAAGCCAAUGUGUUUACAGCCUCGUACAAAACAGCCUCAGGUCUCUACAGGUCACCUGUCUCUUCAUGCUGUAUGGAGGGUUAACUGAUAUUUAGGGGUUAAAUAUAAGGAUAAUUAGGGGGCGUGGCCACUUUGAGUGACAGGUCUGCUGGGCUGAACUUGAUCAUUCGCUGUAUUUGUGGUGUCGAUGCCGUUCACUGUAUUUUGACUUUUGAUGUCGGACACAUCGUACCUCACUGUGUGUUAAUAGGACUGACAGACGGGAGGGGAGGGACAGACGCCGGUGAUUUGAAAUCAAUGAGCGACCCUGUUAAAUAAACCGUCAUACUCAUGGGAGUUAUGCAAGGUGAAAUUUGCUAAUCUUUAUGGGAACAGUUAGCUUGUUAGCCUUUGAUAGAUUGGUAGCUUCCUUUCUUCCCUGUCUGAUUAGCUGGGAGUUCAUUUCACAGCUGCUGCACACCAAGCUGAGAAAAGUAUUUUCUUUUCAUCGCGCUCCACAAACAGUUAUACGUUUCUGCUCGUUCACUUCACACUCUGAACAGUUGUUUAGACAAAAUGUGAGCAGAUGAUUAAUAACAGCUUCUCCCUCAUGAUUCCCCUUCUUCACUGUUUUUGCUGUUUCUGUUUAGUCUGUCUGCCUCGUUUACUUGUCUCAGCGACUCGAUCCGUCUCCUCCAUCUCUUCUUUAUCAGCUCCUCCGUCUGUCUCCCCCAUGUGUGUCCCUCCCUCCCCUCAGACUCUCUAAUAAUGUGUUUUAAUGCAGACAGCUGUUCCUGCUGGCAACAGUUCUUUUCCCACUGCUGCAUUCAGAGGAAGCAUUUCAGGUCAGCACACUGGCAGGAACAAACAGACCAGGACACAAAUUAUAUUACUGUUUUACAUCAUCUUCUGUCUGUAUUUGUUGUCAUGAUUUGCAAAUACGUGUAUAGUGAGUUGAGUGAGAAAAAUCUGGGAAAGAGGCCAGUUUAUAAGAUGAAUAUGUACGUCAAGUUCAACAAUAAUACGAGGAGAAAUCCCCCCCAAUAAUCAGUGGAUUACUGCAGCAACAAUUUACUUUGUAUUUUAAAUGAUGUCAGUUUGAAAAAAUACAGUUUAUUCUGACUCAUUCUGGCACACAACGUCCUGCUGCCAUAAAUACUCAACAGAGUUCAAAAUGUGUUUAAUCUGCUGAUGGAAAUAGUCCCAACUUCCUCCUGUGUGUUCGAUAAAAAACAUGAAGAGCAGCUGUUUCACGAAACUAUUUCUAUAUUUGAGGUGUUUUUCAAAACUGAGUGGAGCUGCAGACGUGAAGUCAGAGUGUUCAGAGACGGACCACACACUGUCGGUUUGGUUCUGCACCAGAGAUCUGUUGAUACCAGUAUAAAUAAAUACAGAAAGAAGACGUCUUUUAACAAAUUAUGUUGUUGAGCUGUGUUCUUAGAUUAUCCAACAAUGUUUCCAACAAAGUUCAGACCAGAGAAAUCCACAAGUUUCCUGGAGGUCACGGUGCGUUUAGUGUCUCUGUAACUUCAGGAGGGAGUGAAAGAGAGGAGAGAAGCUGGAGACCCACACUCAACUGAACAUGAGUACAGCUUCAGAUUGUGUGUUUAAAGGUGUGUUCACCUGAAACACCAGGUGUGUGUUUGACUUCAGGUGAAGCUCUGAGUGAAGUCAGCACUCAGCAGAGACUCUGGUUCUGGUUCUGGUUCUGGUUCUCUGUCUCCUCUCUGUAACGUUACGUUCAUGAAGUAAAGUCCAUUUCCCCUCCAGCUCCUGGAGGUCCGCUCCGGAUCACAAGAGAAAAGAGAAAAGUUUAAAAGUCGUCUCUGAGCUCUGCUCCUGUCAGUAAACAGCUGCGGAUCAGAACCUGAUGAGACUCCAGACGUUCUGGAUCAGCACCAGACUGGAGGCUCUCGGCAGCAGAAAUGACGUGUUAUGUCUCUAAAAUGUGAUUAAAGCGUGACACUGUAAUAAGAUUUGCUGAACUGAACCUGGUGUUAAUAUCAUCCGAUGGUAGUUUCCACAGUUUAAACUGAGCGAGGACGAAUCGGGGGACGUGGCAUCAUUUGGGACUCUUAAACGGUCUCAUCACUGAUGAGCUUAAUGAGGCCCGUCACACCUCCGGAGGCUCAGCAGUCUAAUAAAUGAGGAGCCCUUUCUGGCGUGAAACAGGAGCCAAUAUCCUCUGGACAAAUACGAUUAAGAAAAUGUCUGUCAGCCCUGUUAACUACUCAUCCAAACAGUGUUGGACAGCUGUGGAUGGAGGUAAACUGUUAGAACAGGGGAGGACCGGCAGGUUCUGGGCCCGGGGCCAACGGGACCAACAUUCAAUUAUCACAUUAAAAACUUUAAUUAGCAGCGACCAAAGGUUAAGAAGUUCUGUUCCUCACAGGAAAAACCGCUCAGGUUUUAUUUUAUUCUUCUUUGGUGCAGGAAGCAAAUUAAAUUCCUGCACAUGUAAGAACGUUCUCUGGAGGCAGAACUGGAACCAGAACAAAAACAACUUGGAAAAGUUCCUGCUGCUGCAUUAAUGAAGCUUAUUCUCACAGUUUUAAUAUGAAAACAAACAAAUGACAAAAAUGAAUGAGUCUGAAACACAUCAGAUGAAACUGAAGUACAACGACACGGCAAAAUAUUAGAACGUGAUGAUGAAUGAACAUCAACACGAGAAUGUCGCCUGAUUAAUUAAUGAAAGUGUAUCGUGUUGAAUUCUAGCUUGUGUUUUAAUUAAUGUGGCUUCUGGUUUUAUAACGCUGCUUGACUUCUGUUUACUCUUGUUUAUGUUUGACUUCAGUGUAUUAUUUAUGUAUUUCUAAUGUUAGGACAUGCGGACACUUGUUGCUCGUCUGAACUUGUUGCCACCACAUGAAUGCAUAUUGUAACGUGCCCUGAAUAAAGUCAAAUCACAUCA